UUAGAUCAUAUUUUUCUGUAACUCCAUGUUACCUCGUGUCUUUCCUUUACCCUGUAAACCUAAUGUGACUCCACAUUAUUGAAUGAAACCAAGGUUCUUUGAUGUUUUGUAUAACGUCAAAGUGAAUUUCUUUAUGAAGAACUGAUGAUAUUGUUAUAAAAGAUUAUUAUAACUGUUAUAAUGUGAAUAUCAAUGGAUAUUGCAUUUGCAUGUUUAUUAUCGUGACAGUGAAUUACGUCAUCCUCUAAAGGAUUUGGACAUUAUUUCUCAAGAGAUAUCAAUGAGAUAUGCAGGAUCAGGCUAAACACAGGCAUCCAUUAACUUUAUUGUAUGAAUAUUUUGGUAAUAUUGGAUUUAAUAGUAGCAUAAAUUCAAAAGAUGUGUGCAAUAGAAUCACCGUUCAUUCGUACCAUCGAAUGGGAUAUGAUGGACAAAACAAAGUUCUUUCCACUCAGUAUGCUUUCGUCAUUUUCUGUGCGCUGCUGUUUGUAUCCACUAACAGUGAUCAAAACACGUCUACAGAUUCAGAGGCAAAAUCAUAUGUACAAUGGAACAUUGGAUGCUUACAGAAAGAUUUACCAAGCUGAAGGUGUAUCGGGCCUUUAUAGAGGAUUUUGGAUAAGUUCUAUACAAAUUGUAUCUGGUGUAUUUUAUGUAUCUACAUAUGAAGGUGUGCGUCAUGUACUUGGACAGAAUGGUGUACUAGGUAAUUUAGACUCAAGAGUUAAAGGAUUAAUUGCCGGUGGUGCUGCUAGUUUGGUAGGGCAAACAAUAGUAGUUCCUUUUGAUAUUUUAAGUCAACACCUAAUGGUUCUUGGGAUCAGUAAUAAAAAAAAAAACAGUUAUUAUGUAGAUAAGGUGAAUAUGAAUCCAUUGGGUAUAACUUUUGAACCUGGGACAUCUCGUGCACAGAUUUCCAUGGACAUUAUUAAAUCAAUAUAUCAGAGAGAUGGUUACAGAGGUUUUUAUCGGGGAUAUAUUGCAUCACUCUGUGCUUAUGUUCCCAACAGUGCACUUUGGUGGGGGCUGUAUAUAUCUUACCAAGAGGAACUUAUACGUUUGUUUCCUGAAUGGGUCUCUCACUUGUUUAUUCAAGCUGUUGCUGGAACAUUGGGAGGGUUUACUACCACAAUCAUAACAAAUCCUCUAGAUGUCGUGCGGGCAAGGUUACAAGUACAAAGAUUAGAUAGUAUGUUAAAUGCAUUCAAAGUUCUUUGGACAGAAGAGAAGUUACAGAUGUUUACUAAAGGACUAUCUGCGCGUCUUUUACAGUCAGCUUGUUUUAGUUUUUCAAUAAUUAUAGGAUACGAAACUAUUAAAAGAUUGAGUAUAACUGAAGAGUACAAAGAAUAUGUUAGAUGGUAAACUUGUCUUUCGAACUUUCAAAAGAUUAUUUCUACGUCAGUGCAUUUUGUUUGACGAUUUCUGUUCUAUACAGAAAUAAUAAAUGUGCACCAAAGAACAAAGGAUGAGAUCGUAACGGUCCAUUCUCUAAACAAAAUUGAUGAUUAUGAUUAAUAGAUUUAAUAAAAAUUAAAAUAUUUGCUUUAAGCAAUAAACAAUGAAUAACUAUGAAUUUUAACAAAGUCACGUACUGCUUACAUUUAUCAUUUUUUCCUAAUAUACAUUCAGUGUAAUGUACCCGACACGUUCAAAAAGAGAACAUAUGUUUAGCGUAAAAAUGCAUUUUAUAUUAUUUUUUUCAUGCACAGUACGAGGUACGAAUUUCAUAGCAUACGUUAGAAGUAUUGCUGUGAUAAAGCAUCCCUAUCGAAGCAAGUAAAUUUUCUAUAAAAUGAAAUUGUAUAGCUAGAUUAUGUUGUAUGCCAAAUGUAUGUAAAAAGCUAAUAAACUUGUUAGUUCCAUUGAA